UCACCGUGGCAAUUCGCUCUCCGGCCGCUGCUAUAUAAACACCCCCGACCCUGAGAGAUCUUCGUCCACCUCCUCCCUCCUGUUCCUUCAGCCACCGUGAGCAAUGGCGCCCAAGCGGAAGGGUGGCAACGGCCGGAAGAAGACCGUCCUCCUCUCGAUCGUCAAGGAGGACGCCCGCCAUGUAUGCUUCUCAAAGCGCAAGCGGGGCCUGUUCAGCAAGACCAGCGCGCUGUCCCUGCUCACGGGCGCCCAGGUGGCCGCCGUCAUCUUCUCGCCCGGCGGCAAGGUCUUCUCCUUCGGCCACCCCUCCGUCGACGCCGUCGUCAACCGCUUCAUGGCGGGGGACGCCGCGGUGGUCCAGGCCGCCGCCGACGACAACGGGUUGCAGACGCUGCAGCUGCAGCACGGCGACAUGCGCACCGAGCUGGCGGACCAGAAGAAGCGGAAGAAGCGCGCUGAGGAGGCCCUGGACAAGGAGCGCGCUGGGGGGGACCAGAUUGCCUCGUGGCUCCACCCCGACGUGCGCGACAUGGGGCAUGACGACAUGGCGGCCUUCGCCGCCGCGCUCUUGCAGGUCCAGGCCGCCGUCUCCGGACGCGCCAACCAGGUUCUCGUCGAGGCCUUUCGCGUCGACAUCAGCCGUAUGCUCCAGGUGCCCCCGCCGCCGCCGCCUCCGCUCCAGCUCUUCGGUGCCAGCACCUUUGAGUUCGGUAGUAGCAGCAGCAGCGCCAACGCCGGGAUGGAGAUGCAACAGAUGCAGAUGGUUAUGGAGAUGCCACCGCCGCCUGACUUCCCCGCAGUGAUGGGGAUGCAGCAGUUGGUUAUGGAGAUGCCACCACAGCCAAGGUUCGAGGCAGCGAUGGAGAUGACGCCGCUGCAGGAGUUCGUCGCCGGGAUGCAGAAGGUGCAGCGGCAGGGGCUCGGGCCGAACGCCGACUUCCCCUACUGAGGAGAAGAAAGACACCAGACAGAGUCCGACCGAGUCCGAGUCUCAGUUACUAUAUUCUAAAUAAAUCGUUCAGAUCCAUGUAAGAUCCAUCUACGUGGGUCCAAGAUCUAUGCAUUAGUUGGUUCAAUUAUCUUAGUAGCAAUUAAAUUUAUGGCAUUGUAAUCUUUUUUGUAUCGGUAGUACAAUGGCUGGAAAUUCGUGAAUGAAAUACUAUUAAGCCUUUUCUUUUGGUUCUCUCCAUGCUUGCAACAUAAAAAAAGAUCCACAUGUACGUGUUAAUUGUUCAAAAAUCCCAUGUAUACCGCUAUACUAUGUGUACAUGCACAACUCUAAACCGUAAGAUUCAAUGUGUGUUAGGCCUGAUUACUGCCUAUUGGUGGGACUGAUGCGUUGGUCGGUGGGUUUGCGAGUUGUAACAUGACUCUAUAAACGAACUAAAACAUGAAUACAUGAUCCAGCGGGCCAAGUAACGAUCACCAUUUUUCCCACAAAAAAUCUCAAAAACCUAUCAAACACCAGGUACAAAAUCCCGGUAAGUCGAAACCAUUGUGAAGUCAUGAUUUUAUCAACAGGCAGAGAGCGGUGAAAAUGACGGGUGGUUCGCACCAGACAACAAGGACCCGACGAUAGGGCGACUGGACUAGGAUGCAAAAAUUGCUGAAAAGGAAGAGCAACUUAC